CUUCCCACUCUCUCUGGUCCGUACCAUUUAUAAACUAAAUAUUUCUUCUUCUUCUUCGUCUUUUUUUUUUCUAACACAGAAAAGAAAUUAAGAGAUAUUAAUGGAAGAAAAUAGUUAUCUGAAGAUGAUGGUGAUGAGCAAUAACAAUGGUGGCAAAGGGAAUAAGAUAGAUGAUCUUUAUCAUGUGAUUCACAAGGUUCCUUCUGGUGAUUCUCCUUAUGUUAGAGCCAAACAUGCUCAGCUAGUCGAAAAGGAUCCAGAAGCAGCAGUAGUGUUGUUUUGGGCAGCCAUAAACGCAGGAGAUCGAGUAGACAGUGCCCUAAAAGACAUGGCAGUUGUGAUGAAACAACUCAAUCGAUCCGAAGAGGCCAUUCAAGCUGUCAAAUCAUUUAGAGGUCUGUGCUCCAAACAAGCCCAGGAUUCACUUGAUAACGUUCUCUUAGAUCUAUUCAAGAAAUGUGGGAAAGUUGAGGAGCAAAUUGAGUUGCUGAAGAGAAAGCUGAGGUUGAUCUAUCAAGGCGAGGCCUUCCAUGGAAGACCUACCAAGACAGCUCGAUCCCAUGGCAAGAGAUUCCAGGUUUCUGUUAAGCAAGAAAUCACGAGAUUAUUGGGGAAUUUGGGCUGGGCCUAUAUGCAAAAGUCGAGCUUUAUGAUGGCUGAAGUCGUGUAUAGAAAAGCCCAAAUGAUUGAUCCAGACUCAAAUAAGGCCUGCAAUUUGGGCCUUUGCCUAAUCAAACAAGGCCGAUAUAACGAUGCUAGUUUGGUUCUAGAAGAUAUAUUACAAGGUAGGCUUCCGGGCUCUGAAGAUUCAAAGUCACAAAAAAGGGCCCAAGAAUUGCUAAUCGAUCUCGAGUCAAGAAAAUAUUUAACCACACCUUCACCUUUAGAUCUAUUGGGCCUUGAUGAUGAUUUUGUCAAUGGGCUUGAGCAGUUGAUGAAUGAGAAAGGCCCAUUUAGAUCUAAGAGACUUCCCAUCUUUGAAGAGAUAAGUCCAUUUAGAGAUCAAUUGGCUUGUUAAAUAUGUAUAUUUUAGAGUAGAAUGUGUUGUGUACGAAAUGAAGGUCAUUGAUUUGUUUGUAAGGGUUUCAAGGUUUGGUAGAAUAAGUCCAGUUGUAAUUAUUUAGAGGACACUUUUUGAAGUAGAAGUGAAAUUGUAUCAUAUGUCUUUGCAUUGUGUAAUUUGAAACACCACUGGUUUGCUAAUAAAAACAGAUAUCAAGAACUAA